UGCUUUUCUACGGACGGGAUUUGUUGAUGCACUUCCAUUGAUGGACUUCAGCCAUGGCAUGAAGGGAAAUUAGAUAUUACAUGGUUUAGAAUUGUUUUUUGCUUGUCUAGUAUUAAUGGAAUUUAACCUGUCCUUCCUAGGGAAACUUGCUUUAAUUUGACUUGUCGAUUUCUUGAUUUGAUUUUUAGGCAGCUUUCUCCGGCUGUUUUUAGGCUAAGUAACUGUUAGCCUGUUAGCGCUAGCCCAACACGCUAGUAACGUUUGACAAGUUGUAGGGCAUUAUUCCAAGACUGAAUUAUGGAAAAUAUAUUUGAACUUCCUGUGGAAAAGCAGAUAUUUUAUGCUGUGCUUGGAUUUUCCUGGACGGUGUAUCUAUGGGAGGCAUAUCUUGCUUACAGACAGAGGAAAAUGUACAGACUGACCACACAUGUACCACAAGAACUUGGAAAGAUAAUGGAUUCAGAAACGUUUGAGAAGUCUCGUCUUUAUCAGCUGGAUAAAAGCAACUUCAGUUUUUGGUCUGGUCUGUAUUCUGAGACUGAAGGAACGCUCAUUCUGCUUCUUGGAGGAAUCCCCUUCUUGUGGGCCAUUGCUGGCUCCGUCACUGCCCGCUUUGGUUUUGGUCCUGAAUAUGAGAUUACCCAGUCUCUUGUGUUUUUGACACUUGCCACACUGUUCAGUGCUGUAACAGGACUCCCCUGGAGCUUGUACAACACAUUUGUCAUUGAAGAGAAACAUGGCUUUAACCAGCAGACACUGGGCUUCUUUUUCAAGGAUGCUGUCAAGAAGUUUUUUGUUACUCAGUGUAUCCUGCUUCCUGUGACCUCACUCCUUUUGUACAUCAUCAAGAUUGGUGGAGACUACUUUUUUAUUUAUGCCUGGCUAUUUACCUUAGGUGUCUCUCUGAUCCUUGUAACCAUUUACGCUGAUUAUAUAGCUCCACUGUUUGACAAAUUUACUCCUCUACCUGAGGGGGAGCUGAAGAAUGACAUUGAGUCUAUGGCCAAAAGUAUUAGCUUCCCUCUCACAAAAGUCUAUGUAGUUGAAGGUUCCAAGCGGUCAUCCCACAGCAACGCAUAUUUUUAUGGUUUUUUCAAGAACAAACGUAUUGUGCUAUUUGACACACUGCUGGAAGACUACUCUCCCCUCAAUAAAACUGGAGAAUCUGAGACUGAACAACCAGAAUGUAAUGAGGAAGACACAAAAAUUAAGCCCAAGAACAAAAAGCAGGGCUGCAACAACCCAGAGAUUCUGGCUGUUCUGGGCCAUGAACUUGGUCACUGGAAGCUGGGUCACACUGUCAAAAAUAUUGUUAUCAGUCAGAUGAAUUCCUUCUUGUGCUUCUCUUUGUUUGCUGUAUUGAUUGGACGAAAGGAGCUGUUUGUAGCUUUUGGCUUCACUGAGAGUCAGCCCACACUAAUAGGCUUGAUGAUUAUCUUCCAGUUCAUCUUUUCUCCCUACAACGAGCUCCUGUCCUUCUGCUUGACUGUGCUAAGUCGCAGAUUUGAGUUUCAGGCAGAUGCCUUUGCCCGCAACAUGGGUAAAGCCUCUGAGCUCUAUUCAGCUCUUAUCAAGCUCAACAAAGACAACCUGGGCUUCCCUGUGGCUGACUGGUUGUUCUCCAUGUGGCAUUAUUCUCACCCUCCGCUCCUGGAGCGCCUCAGAGCUUUGGGCAGCAUCAAACAGGACUGACGUGUUCAGAGGGGAGAGCGGCGACCACUGCCUCCCCCAAAAGGCCUCCGUAGACCGCUCCUCUCCAUCUGAUGCACCCUAGUCGUUUUCUGCUUUUAUUCUGUUCACUUAACUACAUGCAACAUUGUGUUCUCCUUUAGACGUCAACAAACCAGAAUAUGGACAAUAUACCACCUGGAAAAAUGUAUUGUUUGGUGAUGACUUGUUCAAAAGAGCACUUGAAGUGUUUUGGGUAAUUUGUCUGUACUGAAAGUUGUUCAGUUGUCUUUAAAAAAUGUUCAGUUCUUAGUAAAGUUUAAAAAGUAUACUUUUUUCAUAGAAAUUUUGUAAUUUCUUUUAUUGGGACAAAUGUUUUGUCUUCAAGUGUAACUGCUCUAAUCACACAAUUUUUCAUACUUCACGAGACCACUUUCUACCAGAUGAGAGUGCCUCCCAAAUCUGUGAUACUGAAGCCUUUAUCAACAGAGCAGUGUUUUAUAUACUUUCAAAUAUGGCUAGUUCUUCUUUUACCAACAGCUGGAAGGAUUUUGUGUUACUUACAUUGUUUUUAUGUGCUUUAUAAGGGUCCAAUUAUAAUUGUAUAUGUUGAUGAGGAAUAAUUUAAAAGAGCUGAAGACAUUCUGGAAUGUAUAUUGAAGUCUAAGUUGAAAGACAUUUUUGUUUUUGGAUGAAAGCAGGAUUGUUUGGUUUGAUUAUAAGGAGAAUGUUUUUUUGCAGCAAUAAAAUGCUGAUGACUCUGUGA